AUGUACUUUCACACCGAUGCGCACAGCAAGACGCCACCAGAGCUCGACUGGAGGACGAUCGGCCCCCACCGAGGCGAUGCAGACCCGCCGCCGACCAUCUCAUACGUUCAGGCUGGCGACGCAGGCACCACCCACAACGACGUCGGCACCGCAGGCGGCCUCCAGGCGCAGCCGGCCGGGGCGAACGGAGGCCUGCUGGAGUACUUCUGGUUCUGGUUCUCGACAAGCCUCCGGCUGGACAGCGCUGGCUUGGGAGUUCUUUACACGGUGUUGCACAUUCGCGGGCAGGAGACUUGCUAUGUGUUUCGCGAGUUCAACAUGGCGGAGCAGCGGAGUCGUGGAAUUUGCGCGCCAUCGACGAGACCACCGUCGGCGCCGACCCGCGCAAGAAAGUGCUGCCCCACGAUUGCAUGA